AUGUCAAGCCACUUUGAUGGCUUCAUUCCAAUUCACUGUGUUUUCUACUCUAUAUUUCACCCUACUGAAGGGACAAAAGUACGACACCAGUUUCCUCCAGGUUGUUUGGAAAACAGUGGAAUCAAUUUUGACACUAUCAAGAAUUACGUUAUACCAAAACCACAACUUUGCAAUAAACUAUUGACGUUCAAAUAUGGUCCUUACAGAUUAGUAUGCUAUCCAGUUAAUGUGAAUGCUUCUUUUUAUGCGAGAAACUCAUUCAAUUUUAACUUCGUAUUUGUUUUCCCUUACGAUUGUGCUACCUCCCCUUAUGAGCCAGCCAUUGCAAGAUUAGGGAAAAUGUUUAGGGUUUUGGAGGAACAAUCACAAGUUCUAUCCAAGGCAGAGGAGAAUCCAGUAUACUUUCAUCUUAAAUCCAUGGAACCAUCUCAAAAAUCUGAUCAUGACAGCUUAGGCGACGGAGAGUCGUCAACUGCUAAUAUGGAUGAUCAAGACCAUAAUCAACCAAAAAAUGAGACGCAUGCAUUUGAAAAAUUUCAUGAGAUUAUGAGAGAUUUGAAAAAUAGCAAUAGGCGGCUUUGUAUUGAAGAUCUGAUCACUAAAAUAUAUCAGGAUCUGAACAAUUAUUCUGAAUGUCUUAUACCAAUAGAUUCUGGAAACUCAGUUGAUAUUAAACUAUUUCCUCUUCUUUCACCUCCAAAUUCAUGUCUUUCAUUUGAAGAUGUACCUAUUGCGACAGUGAAUUUGGCUAAACUCAUUGAUGUUAAUUGGGAUCCAACGAUGCUAAAGAUCGUGCCAUUUAUCAAUGGUAUCAACAGUAUCUCUAAAAUAGCGACUUUCAGUGACAGCGAUGUUAACUUGGUAAUAGAGUGCGUGAAACAUUUAAUUUACUAUAAUUGCGUUGUUCUUGCUGAUAUCUUUCAGUUCAGCAACAUUUAUGCCCCAACCAGUCUACUCGGGAGGUUUUUGACAGAUCCCUCUCUUGCAACUGCAUGCCAGCUAUACGUAACAUUCGAAGAGUUUUCUGAUUUCCUUAAUUUACCACUAGACAAGAAGAAAUCAUAUCAGUCACGUCCUAUAUCUCGUAAGCAGUUGUCCAAUAACACAAUUGAGACACUGCGGAGAAAAAUGUCUUUGUCAAGAGAUAAUUCAUUUGGUUCUGGAGUGGACUCCUCUGCUGCCAAGCAGCUUUCAUCAUCUUCUCAAUCUUCACUAACGCCGGGAAAAAACAUUUCCGAAACCAGCCUGACCACACAUAACUCGGAGCAGGGGAAACAAAUGCCCCUCACGACUAAGGCAAGCUUAUUCGAUUUGUAUCGAUCACUUUCUCAGGGUCAAAGUGUGAAGGAAUGGCUAAAGAUUAAUUUUGAUAAAAUCAGAGAAGCUCAUAUCGAUAUAAGGAGGUUUAUUACAUUUGGAGUAAUUCAUGGUUUAAUUUAUAGGUGUUAUUCAUAUCCGGUGAUGAAAAAUAUCGGGACUUUAGAUAUGGUGAGGAUGUUGAAUAAAGCAAAUGAUUCUGACUUAAAGAGAUGGAAACUUACAGACAAACAUAAGACGAAUAAUGUGCUAUCAACCGCCGAUAUAAGGGUGGGCCUCGAGCAUAAGUUGAAGGGAGAUUCGAAAUAUUUACAAACGUACUCAAAUAAUAUUGAUAUUGCAGAAGAGGUGCUAAAAGAUGUUUAUAAAAAGUUGGCCAUCAGUGAUAGCACUGAUGAGGUAGGUGUACAGAGUUCGAAUCCAAUUUCCAAAAUCUAUGGCAACAGUAAUGAGACAGAACAAUCCUCGAUUAGCAUUCCAAGGAAAGGAAGUUCCAGUUCGAUGGGAUCAGAUGGUCGCAAUAGAGUUUCGUUUGAGCUCAAGAAAAGUCAAAGACCUUUGAAUGAUGAUAAGGUCAAAUCUGAUACGAUAGAUGCAAUGAAAGAGAAAAGAAGAGAAGAGUUCUUAGUUCUCCAAUCUCUAAAAAGUGUUGAAACGUUGGAUAAGCUGUGCAUGCGGCUGGAAAAAGAUCGAGGUGAUAUUGAAGUACUUCUGAAAGAUAUGGGCCAUUACUCAAUUAUUAACAGUUAA